AUGCCUGUAAUGAAAGGAUUGCUUGCGCCUCAGAACACCUUUUUGGAUACAAUUGCAACACGGUUCGACGGAACUCACAGCAACUUUGUCCUGGGAAACGCUCAGGUAAUGAACCUGUUCCCGAUCGUGUACUGCUCCGAUGGGUUCUGCGACCUGACAGGCUAUGCCCGGGCUGAGGUUAUGCAGAAGUGCUGCGCUUGUAAGUUUCUCUAUGGAGAGGAAACAAAUGAAUUGAUGAAGGUACAGAUUCAGAAUGCGUUGGACGAAAAACGGGAGUUCAAGACUGAAGUGAUCUUCUAUAAGAAGACUGGGCCAUCGUUUUGGUGUCUUCUGGACAUCGUUCCGAUCAAGAAUGAAAAGGGGGAAGUGGUGCUGUUCCUGGCUUCACACAAGGACAUCACGGACAAGAAGAUCAAGGGCGCAUCAGGAAACAGUAAAGACUCAGGUGACUUGGAAAUCUACACAGACACCAGGCCUCCAGGGUUCAACGUCAACAGAAGACGAAGCAGAGCUGUGUUGUACCACUUGUCAGGACAUCUACAGAAGCAGGAUAAGAGCAAGCUCAAGCUGAACAAUAAUGUCUUUGGAGAGAAACCAGCACUACCGGAGUAUAAAGUUGCAGCUAUUCAGAAAUCCAGAUUUAUUCUGCUCCAUUAUGGUACUUUCAAAGCUGGAUGGGACUGGCUGAUUCUCUUGGCAACAUUUUAUGUUGCUGUCACUGUUCCAUACAAUGUCUGCUUCAGCGUCAGUAGAGACGAUAAUUCCGCAGCUUCAAGAAACCCGCCCAGUGUGAGUGACAUCUUUGUGGAGAUCCUCUUCAUGCUCGAUAUCAUGUUAAAUUUUCGGACAACGUACGUCAGCAAGUCUGGACAAGUUGUGUAUGACCCUCGCUCCAUCUGUGUGCACUAUGUAACUACCUGGUUCUUUGUGGAUCUUAUAGCUGCACUUCCCUUUGAUCUCCUCUACGCGUUCAAUAUCAAUGUGUAUUUCGGCGUUCACCUGCUGAAAACCGUCCGUUUGCUGCGUCUGCUCCGCCUGCUCCAGAAGCUGGACCGUUACUCACAGUACAGCGCCGUGGUCCUCACGCUACUUAUGUCCAUGUUUGCCUUGAUAGCACACUGGAUGGCCUGCAUCUGGUACUUCAUUGGACAGAAAGAGAUUGAAGCUAAUGACCUUACUACCUGGGAAAUCGGUUGGCUUCACGAGUUGGCAAAGAGGUUAGGAACUCCGUACGUAUCCCUCCCUGCUCUGAGUAUUUCCACCUCGGUGAACUCAACAGCCCACAGCACCUCCAUUAACAUCAGCUCCCGAGAGAACAGCACAAGCCUGGAGCUUCUCGGAGGGCCUUCGAUCCGGAGCUCCUACAUCACGUCGCUCUACUUUGCGCUCAGCAGCCUGACCAGCGUGGGCUUUGGCAAUGUAUCAGCGAACACGGAUGCGGAGAAAAUCUUCUCCAUUUGCACAAUGUUAAUAGGAGCUCUGAUGCAUGCCGUAGUAUUUGGGAAUGUGACUGCCAUAAUCCAAAGAAUGUACUCCCGACGCUCCUUAUACCACACCAGGACAAAAGACUUGAAGGACUUCAUCCGUGUUCACCGAAUCCCAAAGCAGCUGAAGCAACGAAUGCUUGAAUGUUUCCAAACUACAUGGUCCGUGCACAAUGGCAUCGAUGCAAGUGAGCUUUUGAGGGAUUUCCCUGAUGAACUGCGAGCAGACAUUGCCAUGCACCUGAACAAAGAAAUCCUUCAGCUGCCCAUAUUUGAGUCUGCCAGCCGUGGGUGCCUUCGAUCCCUUUCUCUUAGCAUCAAGACUUCAUUCUGCGCACCAGGGGAAUACCUCAUUCGCCAAGGUGACGCUCUGCAGGCCAUCUAUUUUGUCUGCUCAGGGUCCAUGGAAGUACUGAAGGACAACACUGUCUUGGCUAUUCUCGGAAAAGGCGAUCUGAUCGGCUCAGACUUUUUGGCGAAGAACCGUGUGAUCAAGACCAAUGCCAAUGUGAAAGCCCUGACUUAUUGCGACCUGCAGUACAUCAUCCUGAAGGGGCUGCGGGAAGUGCUACAACUGUACCCGGAAUAUGCACAGAAGUUCAUCGAGGACAUUCAACACGACCUGACCUACAACCUGCGUGAAGGCAGUGAAGCAGACAUGGACCAUGAACGCAACGGAGGUCUCGUCCCUAAACUGCCCUCCAUCCUGGAGGAUGAGGAGGUGGAAGAAGACGAGAACACACCUCUCGCGCCCAACGCUAACAGCACGACCAGAGUAACGUCGCCCAUAAAGGCCUCACGUUCACCCGUAGCCCCUAGAUCCUCACUGGCAGAAAGACAGUUAUUCAAGCCAGUUUCUCCAAAGGCUGAAAAUCCCAGUGAUGGCAAUAAGGGAAAUGGCAGAGCCAAACUUUCCAAUAACAGUGAUGGGAAGCCAUCCAAACUAUAUAGCCCUUCUGUGAACUGUACUGGACCUCCCAGCCUCAGCCCGAGGUAA